GUGUGUGUGUGUGUGUGUGUGUGUGUGUCCGCUCAGAAAAGCGCACAUGACGAGUUUAAUGUGACACGGUUUUAAACGCGUGCAGAUGUUUGAUUUGUUGUUGAAGUGAUCACGGAAAUGCAAAACCCCGCUCAGCUUAAACAUUGCGCCGCUUUUACAGACCAGUGCUCAUUAUGAAAAUGAAGCUUGUGGAAUAUUAGUGGCUUUGCAGUAUUUUGAACAUUUUUGACUAGUCGUUUUGGAGUUACUGGAGUUAUUGCUGCUAUCGCUGAAUGUGAGUGAAUGGGUGAAGGGUGAUGGCGUCUGUUUCAGAGCAGAUUUUGGAUGCUCUGGAUGAUCUAGACACAGAAAAACUGAAGAGAUUUAAAUGGCACUUAAAGAAUCAUAAAGGCUUUUCAGCUGCUGAUCUGGAGAAGGCAGACGCUCCUGACACAGUGGAUCUGAUGAUGAAGCGUUUCGGACCAGAAGAAGCUGUGAAGAUCACGGUGGACAUCCUGAGGAAGAUGAACCACAACCAUCUGGCUGAAGAGUUGGAGAACAAACACAAGCAAGAUCAGGUUGAGGGCAGUAUUGAGGAUCCUGCACUUGCUGGAGCUGAAUUAAAAUCAACUGGGGUCACAUUCACCAACAUUGUUCCCAGGACCAGGAACGACUUCCUACAAUAUUCCCAUCAGCUCACUCUGGAUCCGAACACAGUGAAUAAAUGCCUUCGUCUGUCUGAGAGGAACAGAGAGAUUACUGGUACUGACUCAGAGCAGCAGUAUCCUGAUCAUCCAGACAGAUUUGAUGAUGUGUGUCAGGUGUUGUGUAGAGAGAGUGUGUGGGGACACUGUUACUGGGAGCUGGAGUGGAUUGGGAGUGCUGGUGUGUAUAUAUCAGUGUCAUAUAAGAGCAUCAGCAGGAAGGGAAGAGGUAAUGAGUGUUUGUUUGGACGUAAUGAUCAGUCCUGGAGUUUGUUCUGCUCAUCCUACUGUUAUUCAUUCAUACACAAUAACAUAUGGAAGGAUCUCUCUGUAAAGCCCAUCAGCAGUAGAAUAGGAGUGUAUGUGGAUGUGAGUGCAGGAACUCUGUCCUUCUACAGCGUCUCUCACACAAUGAGUCUCAUCCACACAGUCCGGACCACAUUCACUCAACCGCUCUAUCCUGGGUUUAAUGUACGUUAUGGAUCAGUGAAAUUGUGUUGAUGUAUCAGGAGAGAUUCUAC